UAUUUCUUAUUUGUUAUGAUCAGAGGUUAUGAUUGUAGGAUUCAUUUGAGAACUUUGAGAUAGGCGCCAUUACAAUUUGUUGUAUUUGUGAAAUCAUUUCUCAUAAAAUUAAUUGUUGAUUUUGCUUAGAAGAUUAAACAUUUUUUAUUUUUCGAAAAAGUUCUCAUCAUAAAGCCAGAAUACCAUUCCAGUAAACUUUAAAAUGCCCUUGCCUCGACUACCAGGAUUCGUUCUUCAAUCGAAAAUUGGAAGUGGAACCUUUUCUGAUGUCUACAAAGCAUAUCAGAUUAGUAGCCCUAAACAAAUUGUUGCUGUUAAAUGUAUAUUAAAGAAUGAAUUAUCUGCAAACACAGUAAACAGUAUAGUACAUGAAAUCGAGGCCUUGAAACGUCUCAGACAUCCACACAUCAUUCAAAUGCUAGAUUUUCAAUGGGAUGAAAAUUUUAUCUAUAUAAUCAUGGAAUAUUGCGAAGGUGGAGACCUAUCCAUCUUUAUUAGAAACUACAAACAACUAAAAGAAGACAUUUGCCGAUCAUUUUUAAGUCAACUAGCGUUUGCCUUGCAAUACCUGCGGCAACAUAAUAUUGUUCACAUGGAUCUUAAACCAAGUAACUUGUUGUUAACAUCCCGAAGACAUCCAGUUUUGAAGCUAGCAGAUUUCGGUUUGGCUCAAUCUCUUAAAAACCGGGAAAAAGAAACUUCUUACAGAGGAUCCCCAUUAUACAUGGCUCCAGAGAUUCUCCGGCGACAAAGUUAUGACGCCUCUGUCGAUCUGUGGUCAACUGGUGUGAUUUUAUACGAAUGUUUAUUUGGUAGACCUCCAUGCUCGUCUAAAAGCUUGAAAGAAUUGGUGGACAAAAUUCAAAGUGAUGCCCCCAUAACUAUUCCAACCACUAUAGAGAUAUCAUCCAAUUGUAGAGACCUUUUAAUUCGAUUAUUGCAAAAGGACCCCAAUAAGCGGUUGACAUUUGAACAAUUCUUCAAUCAUCCUUUUGUCAAUUUGCCUGCUUGUGUCCUCCAACGUCUCCUGUCCUCCAACAGUGGUCUGUUAGAGGCUAAUUCAGUUUUUGAGCGCGCUGAAAAUUCGUAUAAGUCAAAUCGAGGAAAUGAAACUCUUAUUCUCUACCGUCAAGCCCAUGCUCUUCUUAAGCCGUUAAUAUCAGGUGCUGAUGCGGUCACGAAAUCUAAAUUGAGUGGACAACUUCAUACAUGUUCCUGCCGAAUCAAAGAAAUGUCGAUUGUCCCUGAAGUACCUUCUACUCAAUUAACCAAGUCCAACGUUUCAACGACGUUUCAAGAACUCCGUUCCCUGGCGUCCGCUACACCGAAUUUAGCCUCGGCGCUGGAAAUAGGCAAAGAAGGAGUGCAAUACGAUUCAGAGGGACAGCAUGUUAUUGCAUUAGAGCGUUACAAAGCAGCACUGGAUGUAAUGAUACCAAUGCUUCGCCAUGAAUCCAAGGGACGCAGGAGAGAUUUGCUUCAUCAACAGGUCACAUUAUGGAUGGAAAGAGCUGAACAGUUGCAAGAAUUCCACAAUCUUCAACAGUCACAGCUGGAAGAACUACAGGCUGAAGAUGCCAGCGGGCAAUAUUGCUGUAUUCAGUAACAAGUCGUCGUCGACCAAUCAACCGGUGAAUGGUGAUACACAAAAAAAAGAAGCUAUGGUUGCAAAAAUAAAACAGUUUCUCUGCCAUUCGAAAUACACGAAAAUAGAAAGUAGCCCCAAUUUAUGACUCGUUUCCCCUUCUAUACACGAAGCGUAUACCUUUUGUAUGCUUGCUGGCUUUCACUUUUCCUUUCUUCUUUUGUUAUCCUGAUCGAAAAAAUAUAAUGUGAAGAACUAGA